UCUGACAGGCCAGAGAGAGCGAGCUCCGAUGGCAGCGAGCCGCAGCGGGACGGAGGGUGGACAGCGGGCAGCGGGGCGGCAACAUGGCGCUGCUGAGCGGGGCGAGCCGCGGGGCUGCGGCCGGUACCACAGCGCGGAGCGUGCUGCUGCGGAUGGGGGAUCGUGCACGGGUGUCAGGGAACCACGUGUGUAACCAGUACGGAACAUCAAGUUCUUUGCCUGAGGAGACAAAGAAAGCCCUCCAAACUGGACCAGACUUAGAAGACUUUCUAUCGGGAGAUCUGGCAGACAAGAGCGUGUGGGCUGAGUAUAAAGGCAACUUAAAGCGUCAGAAAGGAGAAAGGCUACGACUUCCUCCAUGGCUGAAAACGGAGAUUCCCAUGGGCAAGAAUUACAAUAAACUGAAAAACACCUUGAGAAGUUUAAACCUGCACACGGUAUGUGAGGAAGCACGUUGUCCCAACAUUGGGGAAUGCUGGGGAGGUGGUGAAUAUGCUACAGCUACAGCUACUAUUAUGCUGAUGGGUGACACGUGCACUAGAGGCUGCAGAUUUUGUUCAGUAAAGACAGCAAAAAAUCCACCUCCGCUGGAUCCCGAGGAGCCUUACAACACAGCAAAAGCCAUUGCUGAGUGGGGCUUGGAUUACGUUGUGCUGACAUCUGUGGACAGAGAUGAUAUGCCUGAUGGAGGAGCAGAACACUUUGCAAAGACCGUCUCCCAUCUGAAAGAAAGGAACCCCAAAAUAGUGGUGGAAUGCCUCACCCCUGAUUUCCGAGGGGACCUCAGCGCUGUGGAGAAGGUGGCACUGUCAGGGCUGGAUGUGUAUGCACACAACGUGGAGACGGUGCCAGAACUACAGAGGAGAGUCCGCGACCCACGAGCCAACUUCGAGCAGUCCCUGCGUGUGCUGCAGCACGCCAAGGAGGUGCAGCCCCGCGUUAUUUCCAAAACCUCCCUCAUGCUGGGGCUGGGCGAGACCGAUGCACAGGUGCUAUCAACCAUGAAGUUGUUGCGUGAAGCAGGUGUAGAUUGUUUGACUCUGGGACAAUACAUGCAACCAACUAAACGUCACCUAAAGGUUGAGGAGUACGUGACACCUGAGAAAUUCAAGUACUGGGAAAAAGUGGGAAACGAUCUUGGAUUCCAUUACACAGCCAGUGGGCCGCUAGUGCGCUCCUCCUAUAAAGCAGGUGAAUUCUUCUUGAAGAACUUAGUGGAAAAAAGGAAGACGAAAGUCAUCUGAAAAUGAGAGUGAGCCUAUUUAAAGCAACCAGCUCUAAGGAUCCUUUUUCAGCACAUAAUUAUACUCGGUUCCAGAAAUACAGAAGGCCAGAUGGCGGAGGCAUGAAUAAACUUACUAUCUUUCCAGAACAUUUUACUCUUACCAAAGCACUUAACGUUAUUGUACUGGACUCCUCCUGGCGGUGCUACAACUCUGUAGUCCUUCCAGCAUUAAGUACUAAGUCAGAAGACAGAACUGAUUUUGAAAGAGCAAAGCAAUCGAGGUAAGCUGAAAAAUAAUCAGAGGUUUAACAGAUUUGAUACUACCAUUGGUGUUGCUGCAAUUGGAUACUGAUUGAGAUGCCAAUAAUAGGUAUUUAAAGGGCAGUGAGAUCUUGCUGCGUCUUACCAUUGUUGUGUAACACAAGCUUGCAGGGACUGUGGGAAAUAAAGGAACUAUAAAAAAGCACACGCAACAAAGGACCCUGUUAGGAUUGUUUUGAACCACAGCAGAGAAAUGCUGUUAAUACUUGUUCAAGACACGGUGUCUUUUGCCUGAAUCUGAAGAAAAUGAACUGUGCCAUUCUGAGAGCUGAUGCUUUGCAGGUGUCCCAAAGGUGGUGAGGUGAAGAAAACGAGACCUCCCUGUGGUAAGAUAGCUAACCUUGUAUAGAUAUCAAUGUAAAACAUUAGGAAAUUCAUGGUUGCUAUAGCAGUGGAGAGAGAACCACCUUUAGCUUAGGUACAUAUGUGACUGUAACAAUCCCCUCUCCUCUGUACAGAUGCUUCUUCAGCAUUGGGUGGCCAGAUUUGUGCAUAUCCUGUACUGUAAUUGUACUUAGUGUUGCCUGGGGAAUUAAAGGAAAGCCCUGUACCCCACCUGAGGGUGUGGAGGUUGCAUUCUGUCUGGGUACCUGCCCAGGAGAUUGAUCUGAGUGCUUACUCUUCUACAUUCACAUUUACCUGCAUUGUGGCUGAAAUCUAAAGUCUUAUGUACUGUACAAAGCUCAGCUAGAAAUAAAAGUGUGGCAUAUGGAACAGUAGCAGCUGUACAUUUCUGCCCCUUCAGUCAAAGUAGCCUCUCCCUAAUUGUUCUCAGCUGUGUGCCCUGAACAGGAUCAUGGUAGUGUAAACUGGGGAGAGUUCGUAUGUUCUUUAUGGCUUGUGUUUAAUGCCUAUAACAUUAAGAUUUUCACCUUUAGAAGGUAUCAACAAGCCUGCAGAGUAGUCUUGGAAAGAGCAGGUGUGCUGUGAGCCACAGCCACUUCCCUUCAGCUGAAACGCACCACAUACCAGAGCAGCAGAAGGUUGGCACUACAGCAAGGAGUGUCAAUACUGCCUCUACUACAGCAGGCCAGGAGGGGCGCAGCAUAACCUGAUGACACCCACAAUGUAAUGACUGCCAGCUCUUAUUAGAGGCCCUCCUAUAAAUAAUGGCUUUAAUAGAGCAGGUUUAGGAGGCCAUUAUUGUAGCUUUUGCCAAGUUACUGUUUUCAGCAUUAUUGCCACCAGAAUAACAAAGAAAAAUCCUGAGCCAUAGAGCAGUUUUAAAACUGCUGAUGGACACUGAUACACCCUGAUCAUCUAUGACUCUUUUUUUCCUCCUAUUGAGAGAAAUAAUGCUUCUAUAAAACAGAGUCUGACAUUAUUUCAUAUGGGAAGUAUGUUACAAACUGCUGCUGGGUGGAUCAGAAGAUGAUCUCAGGCUUUACACAAUUGUCUGACAGCAGGCCCCAAGUUACACAGGCUCUAUAAGCCUUUCCAAUCACAUGCUUUGCUAUGGCUUCUAGAGAAAGCAGUCAUAUUUUGGCAUCAUAAAUGUACUUUUUGUUUCAUUUCCAAGAUUUUUUGAGGAGCUCUGACAAUUUGUACAGUAAGAAUUUCAGGUUUUAAAAUUCUUUUCCUAGUUGAAAAACCUGCUCCUUCAACCAUCUUUCAUCCCUACUCCCAUUUUUUCCUUUAUAGCUUUAUGUUAAAGGCACCAAACACUCGGAGGUUAUGGCUAUAAAUGCAGCACUGUAACUGCUCUUACACAGCUCUUCAUCAGAAACACGCUCACUCUAUUCAGCUGCAGUGCUCUUGGCCAUCCUCAUUCCCGGAACCAGCACAGUUUUGUCUGAAUUAAGAGUUUAACAUACAUACAAAGAAGUAGAAAAGAGUACAUCAUGUCUGGCACUUGAAUUUACCACUGUACAUCUUGAGUGAGACAAUUUAUGCAGCCCAUAUGCUACUCGUAGGCUUGUAUGAAGUUGUACGCUUCAACUGCUGCAUUCACACUUUCCAAUGAAAAACGGUGUUACAGUGGAAUUGCAUUUUAUUAAAAAACAUUUAAAAAAUAGAGCACAGGAACCCGUUACUCGUUACACAAUUCUCAUCAAGAAUUACAUUCUGUAAGAUCCCAAUAGCACUAAACCCCAUCUCUUCCAUGAUUUUUUGUGAGCACAACCCUUCAAGAACCAGGAAUACAUCUCCAACACUAUUUCCCUGGCAGCUGUGCUCUGAAGAGGAUGAGCAGUGAUUGACAGCACUGCAAAAGCUUCUGAAGGUCUCUUCUGGCCUGUGGUUCUCUUGCACAUAAGCAAGAUGAGCCCUGAAACAGUGCUGUACUACCCUAAUUAUAGUUCAGGGCAAGAGUACGACUUGUCAGCACUCUCUUAACCCCAAAGAUGUUACCAGCUCAAUCUCUGGUUCUGCUGGGGCAGUCCAGAAUGACAUCUGCCCACACGCACCAGAUGACCCAGCAUUCUGGAGUUUGAGUACCCACAUUAGCCACACCUGUAUCACAGGGCAGCCUUUGCUCUAGGUCUAAGAAAGCAGCACUAACAACUAGGGAAAGAGGAGAUACCACUAUGGAAGAUGGUAAUUUGAGUUUAAGCCUCUGUAAUUCCCACUCAUUUUGAUAAGCUUCCAAUGCAUUCCUCACAGAAGAAUCUUGCAUGUGACAUG